AUGGCUCGCCGCGUGGCACAGACGCGCGCUGUGCAGACGUAUGCGGGACAAGUGAUGAGUGAGGAGGAAAUUGCGGAGAUGCGGGAGGCGUUUCUUCUGUUUGAUGCUGAUGGUAGGGGAGUCGUGGACUUUGAGGAACUGCAGACGGUACUGCAGUCACUGGGUUUGAAGACGAUGGGCCAAUUGAGUCCCGAGUGGAUGGAAAACAGGGAUCAGAACAGCAGCGAGACCGAGGAUAAGAGAUUCGUCGAUAUGGAGUCGUUUGUGGACAUUCUUGGGGCUAAGAUCGGGAACGAUGGGGUGGAGAAGCAAGAAGAGAUUCAGCGAGUGUUUGGUCUUUUUGACGAUGACAAGACGGGCAAGAUCUCGUUAUGUGAUUUGAAACGUGUGGUACAUGAGUUGGGUGAGACCUUGACGGACGCCGAGUUGCUGGAGAUGAUGGAGCGGGCUGAUAUGAACCAGGAUGGGGAAGUGGAUGCUGACGAGUUUUACACAAUAAUGACAAAGCAGACUUUCACGUAG